GAGCUUUUACCUUCGGAAUGAUCGCCGACAGGUUUGGACGAAAAGUUGCCUUCACGACGGCUUGCUGCAUCUACAUUUUGGCCGGGCCAAUAGUCGCCUUCACCAGUCUUUACCAACUUCUCAUAGCCGCGAGGGUUUUCAUCGGAAUCGCCGGUCUCGGUGCUUUCGAAAGUGCCUAUUCUAUCGUGUCAGAGAUAUCACCGCCGAAGCUGAGAUCUACCUUCGGGGUUCUAUACAACCAAAGUUAUCCGGCAGGAAUCUUGGGAGUUUCUUUGAUCGCCUACUACGUCAGGGAUUGGCGAAAUCUUCAACUCUGUGUUUCAUUGCCCGCUCUAUUCCUUGUUUUUCACGUAUGGCUGAUCCCCGAAAGUCCCAGGUGGCUCUACUACUCGGGACGUACGAGCAGAGCCUGGGCCAUUGUUGGGAAAUAUAGCGACGAAGACCCGACAGCAAGGCAUAAACGCACGAGCGGAUCCACCAGAACAGCUUCACAGAAAUCGUUAUCGGCGCGAAUUCGUGCUGCGAUUGUUAAUUGCUCGAGCUAUCUGCAUCACAAGGAGUUCAGGAUACGAUUGAUAGUUUGCUGGGUUGUUUGGUUCUUUACGGCAAUGUCUUACUACGCUCUAACGAUUAACUCCGCGAGUCUGAAAACCGAUCCCUACGUCUACGUGGCUUUGUCAGGAGUCGUCGAGGCAACCAGCUACGUGUUUCCGGUACCGUUGUUGCGCGUCGUUGGGAGGCGAACGGUGGCAACGGGUCUUCUCUUGACAGCGAGCUUUGCUCUCCUGCUCCUCUUGAUCAUCCCAACGAACAUGACGGGGUGGAAAGUGGCAGCCUCUCUUCUAGGUCGGCUUUGCGUGAGCGCCGUCUUCUCGGUCAUCAUUAUUCACGCGUUUGAAUUGUUUCCAACUGUGACCAGGAACACCGCAAUUGGAACCAGCUCCACCAUGGCGCAUGCAGGGAGCGUUUUCGCGCCUUACCUCGUCGACUUCUUUGCAAUAUACGGAUGGUUUAUUCCCUCCACAAUAUGCGGUCUGGGACUGCUUCUGGCCGGGUUUCUGACGCAAACUUUACCGGAGACGAAAGAUCUCGCCCUCUACGACACCCUGGAUGAUCUCUCGAGCAGGUGUCGAGAUCAUCCCGAAGAAAAGGUGUCCAUAAAAAAUUGUACGCUCUGCAGAUACCUCGGUAAAACUCGUACCAACGUGUAA